GAAGAUAGUGCAAAUUCAAUUAUUGUACUGUAUUUCGUGUUAAUGUAGCGUUUAAUAUUAAUAUAAUGAAUUGUAACACGUGCAAUUUGUUCGAUCAUCCUUCAAAAUUGCGUGCACUUCCUCACUGUAAUAUAAACCAUUACUGGGAAGUACAGUGUGAUCUAUCUAGACAUUCGGAAAUGUUCGUGGACAGGGCCGGAUGGAAGAUUUUUAAGGCCUGGAAAUAUUGAUCCAACGGAGGCUGCCUUUAUAGAAAAAUAUGAGGAGAGUGGAUUAAAAUGAUAUAAAUUUACAUAAAUAUGAAAUUACAUUUAUAUUCUGAUGGGUGUAAAAUAAAAUGUAUUUUCAUUGAAUGGCAAGACUUGGUAUUAUAGCCUCCUUUAGUUCCCCUCUUAAUCCGUACCUGUUGGCGGAUCUUUGGAGGUCUUUUGGAGUACAAUACAGCCAGUACGCAACUUGUUUCGCCUUCCCUAUACUUUACGUAUGAGCGUGAUACUAGACACUACUCUAUGGGACCCAAGUCUGAAGGAGAGAGAAAGAUAGAAGGAAAGUGAAUGUAAAGGAAGAAAAGUGUGAGAGAGGGAGGAACAGAAUUACUAAGGAGGAUUCUGAAUUCCGACCACAGCGCUCAGUCGUUGACGAACAUCGAAACCGUUGGUUCUAUACUACUUGUAGUCAAGCGUUAACAUAUUUCCUAGAAGAAACAAAAAUGGUCGUCCAAGUUAUGAAUGCUGCUGAUUUAAAAAGCCAGCUUGAAAAAGCUGGAGAUAAUUUAGUUGUAGUUGAUUUCUUUGCUACAUGGUGUGGGCCUUGCAAGAUGAUUGCGCCCAAACUGGAAGAGUUAUCAAAGGAAAUGGAAAAUGUUAUCUUCUUGAAAGUUGAUGUAGAUGAAUGUGAAGACAUUGCUAGUGAAUAUGGAAUUAGCAGUAUGCCUACCUUUGUUUUCAUUAAAAAUAGUAAAGUGCUGGAAACCUUCUCAGGUGCUAAUUACGACAAACUUAAAAGCACAAUUCAGAAGCAUAAGUGAAUAAAUAAUUUUAAUGGCAGAAGUAUUUUUGAACAGGAUUAUCUAUUGGUUAUCAUUAAUCAAUAAAGGUAACUAGCAAAAAUCUCAUAAUCAGUAAAAAUGAAGUUAUAUAUCACUUGCAAAAUGUAAGGGACAUAAUUUUUUGUUAAUACACUGUCAGUUUUAUUAUACAUAUUUUGUUGCAAAAUAAAAUGUAAUCAGCUUAUAAAAAAAUAUACAUCCAAUAUAAUUCUUUCUUAUAUUAUUGUCUGAUAAUGUAAAAAAUAAUUUUCAAAAUUUGACAUAAAAUAUUAAAUUUAUUUACACAA